AUGGCGAUGUUUUCGAGUCAAAUGUCUUCCACUCCCUUCUCAGUCCGGGACAUUUUAAACCUAGAACAUAACCACGAAGAUAUGGUGUCGUUGGAAAUGUCUCUCCCCACUUCGUCCUGCAUGAUGUUCAAACCGGAGCCGUUCGUGGACGCGGUGAACGGAGGCGCGCUCUUCGCUCCCCGAGACGAGCAGGACGCUAAAGGUGACAGGAGCACAUCCCUGGACUUUAGCCCUGCCUUUUAUGGGAAGAGUUUCUUAGAAAUGGAUCUAGCCAAAGACGCAAAGUCAGACGAUACGCUUGACGCCAAAGAGAGAAAAGAGAAGGUGCGCUCACCGGACGAGCGGCAGAAACCGGAUGAGGCGGAGCGGCCUGGGCAGCGGAAGCGGCGGAAGCCGCGCGUGCUGUUCUCGCAGGCGCAGGUGUACGAGCUCGAGCGGCGCUUCAAACAGCAGAAGUACCUGUCGGCGCCCGAGCGGGAUCACCUGGCGCACGUGCUUAAGCUGACGUCCACGCAGGUGAAGAUCUGGUUUCAGAACAGACGCUACAAGUGCAAGCGGCAGCGCCAGGACCAGACACUCGAGAUGGUGGGCGCGGGCCCGCCGAGGCGCGUGUCCGUGCCCGUGCUCGUGCGUGACGGUAAGCGCUGUCUGGGAGAUGCCGCGUCUGCGUACAGCGCGUCAUACAACAUGGGGAUCAACCACUUCCCUUAUAACGCAUACCAUAGUUUUGGGAACGUAAACUUCCCGAGCGCAGGAAACACGAACUAUACGUGCAACUACUCGGCGAGCUCUAACGUGCCUCCGGUGCAGACGUCACCGUCCAGCAGUAAUUAUGUGAAUUUUGGAGUCGGGGAUCUGAAUAAUGUCCAGGCGCCGUUUCAGGCCAGCAGCGGGGUUUCCUCGUUACACGGUAUUCGGGCCUGGUGA